GCAGUUUUGACAAUUGUCUUUAAAGGUUUCCUUUAUUCCGCCUCUAUUAUCUUUGAUUUUCGCAUUUUACUAUUUGCUGGAGGUCCUUCCAAAUAUACAUAUAAUUGUAUCGUUUCCACUUUUCGAGAUCUAAAAGUUUAUAAGAAUUGGUAUUUGUGUCGAGAAGAAACGAUGGAGCAAGAGAAUAAAAAUCAGUUGGACGAUGUGCAGCGGCAGAUAUUUGAUAGAAUCUCCAAAAACGAUGUUGAUGGUUUCCAGCAGCUGAUAACCCAACUGAAGGGAUGUGUGGAUUUUGUGGAUGGUGAUGGAAUGACUCCUCUUCAGCAUGCUUGUUGCAAAGGUAAUAAAGAGGCUGUACAGACACUAUUAGAUAUGGGAGCUGAUAUAAAUUUUAAUAAACACGGCGCUGACUACACGCCACUACAUUUCGCGGCUCUAUCAGGCAGCAUGGAAGUAUGCCGCCUUAUUCUAGAUGCUGGCAUAAACCCAAGCAGUUUGAACAGCGUCUCACGAACGGCAUCACAGAUGGCAGCUUUUGUUGGCAAUCAUUCUUGCGUGGAGACUAUCAACAAUUAUGUUCCACGCAAAACUCUAGAGUACUACACACGACCACAAGGCCAACAUAAAGAACCGCUAAUACCCCCUGGGCUGUUGGAUGCAUUUCAUCAUUUUGUUAUAGAAAUUAAUUUACAUCCAGUACGUAUUGCACUUAAUUUACAGUCAUUAGGUCUGCUCAAAAGCUUGCCGGGAUUAAAGAAAGCAUUAGAAUACAUGUGCGAAAAGGAGAUGAAGAAGUCCAAUGACGUGAAUGAACUGAUGGCUUUUAAGUUUCACUAUCUGCGUUGGAUUGUGUCAGAAUUAAUGCGCUGUGACGAACAGUGUAAAGCACAACGUAAGGAAAAAUCUUCUGAAGGUGAUGCUGGAAAACACGACUUUGUGGAAUUAUUUAUAAAACGAGUUCUAAAAGAAAAUAAAAUUGGACAAUUGGACUACUUAGAGUUUACUCUACGCGAAUGUGUGAGAGAAUUUCCUUUCAGGGAAUGUACUGUGUUUCGGCAAGUUGUUUCUCAACUGGCAGCCAAGGAUCCUCAACCGGCAUUACUGGUAUUUCGCAAUGCUAUUAACGGUCAUCGCGGCUUUGGGGAUGAGACAUCAUAUUGCAGCUCAUGUGGAAAUGAAAAACCCGACAAGAAAUGCUCAAAGUGCAAACAAGUAAAAUAUUGCGAUCGAGAGUGUCAGCGUUUACACUGGUUCAUGCACAAAAAGACCUGCGCCAGACCUACCUCUAAUGCGUCUGCUUCAACUAGCACUUCAGCCGCGAAGGAAGCAAUCGAUACAAUUGAAUUACAAGAGGAAUUGUCAAAAAUUACCAGCAGCUAAGGAGAUCUGUCCACAGGCGACAAAUGAAGAUUUUUGGUACCUUCACCCGUUCGUAUUCAGCCCAUCAAAAUAGAGCAUCUAGCUGUAUAGAUUUGACAUACCAGACUAUCUCUAAAUUAAAUAAGUGUCCAGUUUAUAGAGUCAAAUAAAAAAAAUUAAAUAGAAAACAAGUAGAGUUUUGCAUUGUCAAAAAUUAAUAGAAAUGUAUGAAAGUUGGACAAAUUGGAGCUUGAUCGCUCUUAAUAUGCUUCAAAGUUCUAUUUGACAGCAAAUCGCCGAACAUUAGCAUUUCAAUUUCUCGCGUUGUUAUGAAUGUUUUCACUUGUAUUUGCCAUUUCCAACAGUAAUCGUAAAUUUUAAGUAAACUAAUUCAUUAAUCCCUCCGCGAUAUUGUUGCCAUAUGGCAACAGUAAACUUUAAAAGGCCGUCAACACUCUCUUGUAAAAAAUAUUAACUUUUUUGUUACAUAUUUUCAAAAAUUGAAGAUUAAUGGUUAAACAGAAAUAAAAUAAAUAAUAAGCGCCCAUUAUAUAUCGGUAAUACAAUAUUUUUAAAGAAAGCCUUCUGGCAUAUAUCACUCUGAAAUUUGUAUUUUGCAUUUUUAGAUUUUUGAGGCAUUUUGGGCAAAUGUUUUCAACAAUUUUUGAAUAAAGUAUAUAGAAAAAUGUUCAAUCUGUCAUUUGGCAUAUAAAUAUUUUUUCGCUCGCAGCUUUAAAAGCUGUGCUAAUUUUUAAAACUAAGCUUGUUGCCAUAUGGCAACAAAUUUCUCGUAAGGUGUUAACUUGCAUUAGAUUGCAGAAGAAGUUUAUUUGCGAUUGAAACCAAUACAAAACAUUUGUUGCCAUAUGGCAACAUUA